AUGAGGGUCUUGCUUUGCAUCCUUGGAGUCCUUGCCUUGUUUUCCACGGUUCCUCCAGCUGGAAGCACGUUCAUUAAUGACAGAUGUACUUCAGCACACUACAACUGCAGAAUGAAGUGUAACGCCAAUGAAUAUGCAAUUAGAUACUGCCCUGACUGGAGCAUCUGCUGCAGAGUGAAGAAAAUUGAGGUUCAGAAAAAGAGGAAAUGGUGA